UCAGUUGUGUAGUCCAAGCCAUUACACCUAGUUGAAAAAAUAUCUCACUCAACAGAAGAGAUAUGCCUUCAACACCAAACCAGACUGAUAGAUUAGAUGAAGAAGAAGAAGAGUGUUGCUUAUUCGCACUACAAUUAGCCACGGGCUCGUUGGUUCAUAUGGUCUUCAAAGCUAUCUUAGAGCUAAAUCUAGUAGAUAUCAUGGAAGCAGCUGGUCCAGGAAAGCAAUUUUCUCCUCUAGAGAUAGCAGCUUUGCUCCCAAUAAAGAACAACCCAGAUGCCCCUGAAAUGCUUGAUCGUAUGUUGCGUCUCUUGGCCAGCUACUCCAUAUUCACUUCCUCUCAGAUCACUGGUGAUGAUGGUAGAGUUCAAAGGUUUUAUGGUUUAGGCCCUCCCUGCAGAUUUUUUGUUACAAAUGAAGAUGGAGCUUCAUUAUCUCCUUUGCUUCGGUUGAUGCAAGACAAGGUCUACAUGGAGAGCUGGUACCACUUGAAAGAUGCAGUUCUUGAAGGAGGAAUUCCAUUUAACAAGGCCCAUGGAAUACAAAUUUAUGACUACUUUGGCAGGGACCCAAGGUUCAACAAAGUUUUCAAUGAUGCAAUGUUUAUCCCCACCAUCACACUCAUGAAGGUACUACUUGAGGUUUAUGAGGGAUUUGAGGGUGCAAAUGUGGUGGUUGAUGUGGGUGGUGGGGUAGGGAAGAAUCUUGACUUGAUCACAUACAAGUACCCUACCAUUAAGGGUAUUAACUUUGAUUUGCCUCAUGUGAUAGCUGAUGCACCACCCUACCCUGGCCGGGUGGACCAUGUUGCUGGUGAUAUGUUUUUGAGUAUUCCAAAAGGGGACAUCAUUUUCAUGAAGACCAUACUUCAUAACUGGAGUGAUGAGCACUGCUUGAGUAUAUUGAAGAACUGUUAUGAAGCUUUACCAGAAAAUGGGAAGGUGAUUGUUUUUGAGACAAUUCUUCCGGAGACACCUGAGACUAAUUUGAUGGCCAAAGAUACCUUUGCAAUGGAUUUACUUAUGAUGACACAACACACUGGAGGAAAGGAGAGGACUGAGAAGGAAUACAAGGCUUUGGCAAAUGGUGCUGGAUUUAGAGGAGCCAAACUCGCCUUUCAUAUUGUUACCUACUCUAUCUUGGAAUUCUAUAAAUAGACAUGUGAACCCAUACGAGAACAUUCUCGUACGAACCUGAUCCUGAUCCAUUCACAUUUAAUAUACCACCUAGUGCACUGUGUUUCUCUAUUUGGUAGACUGCAAUAAGGCCAUGUUAGUUGUUUUUUCUUCCCAACCCACCCCACCCCACCCCACCCCACCCCACCCCACCCCACCCCGUUUUUUAUCAUUAGUACUAUUUAUGGUAUGUCUUAGAAGAAUAGGUAAAUGUACUUGAAUCCAUACAUACAAUUUUAUUGUAAUGUUGUUCUUGGAACAUGGAUUAUUUAUGUAAUAAAUACUACUUUGGUCACUUAAUAAAUGAUAAAGGGUGCAUGUACUUUCAUA